UCGCGCGUUUGUGACGUCACAUUGCGGAAACGUGUGUCGCACAUGAGGAUAAAAGCACGAACUGUAAAGAGCAGUUCUCUCUCCAGGAAACAUGGGGAAGAAUAAACUCAAAGGGUCGAAACAGAAGAACGUCUUUCGAGUGGUGAAGAAACAGCCGAAGAACAAGAACAAAACCAAACCCAUCACCACGACACUCAAACACAUCAAUGCGGUGAAAAAUGAGAAGGUGGCGAGCCUCGAUCAGAUGUUCACAGAAGUCCAGAGGGACGUUCAGAGUGUUUCCAAGUCUGUCGCUCCCAAACCGAAGAAACAAACACAGGUCGUCAGGGAGCCGCCCAAGGAAUCUGUGAAUGUGGACAAUGCUGCUCAGCUUUUCUCUCAGCUGUAACGCACCCGGAGAGAAAAGGACUGUGAUGAAUUACAUUCAUGAAAGGGUUGAGCCGCUUCUCUUUGCUCAUUUUCCAGUUUUUGAAGUCAGGUCUCAGAGGAGCCGCUGGUUUACUUCCAGUGAAAUUGGACUUUUCAGGCCCGAGACACAGACUCUGCAGAUGAGUCUGAAAAGAGAGGAGGUGCGGUUGAGGCGCGUUGUUAAAAACGUGUCUUUAAUUUAAUCAUCCUGUGUUUCCUGUGCAAAGACGAGUCUGAGCAUCAUCAUUAGUGAUACUGUGUCGGAAAUAUAGGAUUUUCUUUUGUUUUCAUUGACUUAGUGUUCCUGUAGAAAUAUCUUCUUUAUUACGGCUGCAGUUAAUGAUCAUUUUCUUGAUUGAUUCAUGACUUGUUUUGUUUUUAAAUGAUCCGAAAAUAAUGAAAUAACUGCUCAUAAUAAAAUCCCAGAGCCCGGAUGGAUUAUCAUCAAACUGUUUCUUUGUAGGUCAGCGGCCCAAAACCAAAUAAACAUUCCCCUGACUGUCAAAUAUCAGAACAUAAGAAAAAAGAUGGAAUUAGUGAAUGAAAUGAUUCAUCUGCUAAGAAAAGAAACACCAUGUGGUUUUCUGAUGACUAAUGUUGAUGUGUUUUAUCUCCAUCAAACAGUGUUGACAUGUUUUGCAUCAUAUUAAAUCCUUCACCAUGA